AUGGACAGGGAAUACUAUUUCCUGUCAUUCGACGACGACGAAUGGAUACAUUACGGACGGCACCGCCUCGCUGAAGAUGCACCACUGCUGAAUUUGGAGUGCCGCAAUACUAAACCUUCGAAGUACGGGAAACGUUUGAGAGGACACGCUUUUGACGACCGAGCGGUGCAGAGCAUUGAUAUUCACGCGUCACUGGGUAUUGGCACUCGUGAUCGUAAUUCCACUCAUACCUACUGUGCAUCGAGAAGUAUCACUCGUCAAGCGUCAUGUCACGCAAAUUCAGCGGCACAGCCUGCGGGCAAUGGACACCAGGCUCAGCACUGCGGUUCCCAACAUUACACCACACAUCGUGACGCACUGCAGCAAUCAGCGCCUCGAAUAACCAUAUCAUUCACGCCAACGCCAUCCUGCACGCUUGUUAAUGCCCUUCGACCAGAUAUUAGAGGAGUACCGGAGCCGUGUCAUACUAUACACAAUCAUAUUACUGCAUUCGUGACUAGCGAGUUUGACGACUCACUCGUUCCACUCCACUUCGCCGAUGUUCCCGUCUCACAGUUCAGUACUGUCGAUGGCGCACUGUGUGGAUGA